CACAGCUUUGGAAGGCCAUUUCUUAAUUGAAGCAGAGAUUCAUGAUCCAAAUUCUUUUUUCCUAAUUAUUUGCUAUCUCUACGUUCUUGCUGGCUAGUGUCAGCUUCACUAUCUAUUCCUAUAUUUCUGUUUUUUCUCUUCUGGCAACUUUGCUAAAAAUGACACCUCUGUAACCUAGCUCAGUCUUGUUACUGAAAUUAAGAAUGAUUCAUUUAAUGUUGUAAUGUUGUUCUAACUGUCUAAUCAGAUAAUGCAAAUUAGACACAUUAUAGCCUUGAAAUGUUUUUGACUAGCUGAAGAAGGGAAACUUCUGGUGACAAAGCUGUCCACAAUGUCAAUGUCUUCUACCAUUAUUUGCUAGCAUAUUCCCUCUAGAGGGCAGAAAUAAAUUUUUUUCUUUCAACAACCUAUUGGAAAGCUGCUAUCAAAAGGUAUUGGGCUGAUGAGACUUAUAUAGCUAGUCUUCUAACAGAUGACACGUUUGAUAAGGUUUUCUUCUCAUUCAUGAACUAUGCAGCUCAAUAUCAAUGUGACUGGGGUCAUUCUUCUUGGCUUGACACAGGACCCCAGGAGAAAAAACAUAGUGUUUGCUAUUUUCCUGUUCUUUUACAUGGGAACAUUACUGGGUAACUUGCUUAUCAUUGUUACCAUCAAGACAAGCCAGGCCCUUGGGAGUCCCAUGUACUUCUUCUUGUUCUACUUAUCUUUGUCUGAUGCCUGCUUCUCAACAACUGUAGCCCCAAGAACAAUUGUGGAUUCCCUCCUGAAGGCGGCCUCUAUCUCUUUCACUGAGUGCAUAAUCCAAGUCUUUACAUUCCAUUUCUUUGGCUGUCUGGAGGUCUUUAUCCUCAUCCUCAUGGCUGUUGACCGCUAUGUGGCCAUCUGUAAGCCCCUGCACUAUAUGACUAUCAUGAGCCGCCGGGUCUGUGGGAUGCUGGUGGCCAUAGCCUGGGUGGGAUCCUGUGUGCAUUCUUUAGUUCAGAUAUUUCUGGCCUUGAGUUUACCCUUCUGUGGUCCCAAUGUGAUUGAUCACUUUUUCUGUGACUUGCAGCCACUAUUGAAACUUGCCUGUUCAGACACAUAUAUGAUUAACCUGCUUCUGGUAUCCAACAGUGGAGCCAUUUGUACAGUGAGUUUCCUUGUGCUGAUGCUCUCCUAUGUCAUUAUUCUUCAUUCCCUAAGAAACCACAGUGCUGAAGGGAGGAGGAAAGCCCUAUCCACCUGCAUAUCUCACAUUAUUGUGGUCAUCCUGUUCUUUGGACCUUGCAUCUUUAUAUACACACGCCCCGCAACAACAUUUCCUAUGGAUAAGAUGAUAUCUAUAUUUUAUUCAAUUGGGACACCUUUGCUCAAUCCUCUGAUUUACACUCUGAGGAAUGCAGAGGUGAAAAAUGCCAUGAAAAAGUUAUGGAAAAAGAAAGUGGCAUCAGAUGAUAGAAAGUAA